UUCAGGUCAGGAUGCAGGGUUUCUCUGAUGCAUUCUGCAGGGGCCCAGAGAGAUGAUUCCCUUCGUUUGCGUUUUGCUGCACUGGUCCUUGUAGUGGAGGAACAGCUCAUCGGCGUCCAGCAGUGAAAUAAAUGGCGCGGCUGAAUACGAUGCCCUGCCACUUAGGCAAUGCUGCCCAGAGGCAGUGGCGUAUGUAGAAGCCUCCUCCCGUGUGUAAUUCAGAAGGGCUGUUUACCAAGGCCUCCAGAGCUCUGUGCUUCUGCAUCUCAUAUUUGACCAAGGGUGAGCCCUGAGGGAGUUCACAGAGCAACUUUUCUCCCUUUGGGCUGGGGGGUGGGGGCAGGGAUGGGGGAGGGUAGAGCAGGACCUUCGCCAGCUGACUUAUCUGGUGACUGGCACUGGCACCUGGAAAUGCCUCAAUUCCUGAUUCUGUCACCCAGAUACCCAAUAUGCCCUUCUUUAUUUUUGACUAAGUAAUAUGUGCAGGUGGUACCAAAUUCAAAUGAUACAGAAAGAUGUCGUAAUUUGUCCCUCCCUGCCCCACCCCCCGCUUCCCAGUUACCCUCCCCAGUGGCAUUACUGCCCAUUUCUUGUGUCUCCUUCCAGAGAUCCAAUGUCCUUUUAAUGUCCCCAAUUACCAUCAUCCCCCUCACCCCAUGGGCCAUGCUCACCAUCCCUCCCCUCAAUCCUUCCUUCCUCCAACCUCGCCACAGCACAUCUGUUGUGACAGAUGACUAGUUUCCCAUGUUAAGAGCUGAUGAGGCCAGGCAUGGUGGCUGCUGUGUAAUCCCAGCACUUUGGGAGGUGGAAGCGGGUGGAUCACUGCAGGUCAGGAGUUCGAGACCAGCCUGACCAACAUGGUGAAAACCUCUGUCUUACUGAAAAUACAAAAAUUAGCCAGGCAUGGUUGUGGGUGCCUGUAAGCCCAACUACUAAGGAGGCUGAGGCAGGAGAAUUGCUUGAACCUGGGAGGUGGAGGUUGCAGUGAGCUGAGAUCACACCAUUGCACUCCAGUCUGGGCGACAAGAGGGAAACUCCAUCUCAAACAACAACAACAACAACAAAAAAGCUGAUGACUGUACUCCUGCCAAGGAGUUUAUCUGGGGAAGGAAGGUGCUUAGCAAAAAUGAGUCGGUAGAGAUGCCGUAGGGCCAGGUGAGCUGCUGUGAAGGACUCAUUCUUGGUGGCCGGCAGUUACUGGCAACUUGUGAGCUUGGUGGGCUCCUACUAACGCACCUGGGACACCAGGCUGCUGGGCUCCCCUCCAGGCAGCCUCACCAGCAGCUCCCCUGAGCUAUGGAGACCCCAGAGGUCCCCGUGGGCUCGCUAAUCGACUUUGGGCCUGAGGCACCCACCUCCUCUCCCCGGGAGGCACCACCCCCUGCACUGCAGGACGGCGAUGGCUUCCUGGGGGACGCUGCGUCAGAGAGUGAGACCACUGAGUCUGCAGACAGUGAGAAUGACGUGGGCGAGUCGCCCUCGCACCCGUCCUGGGACCAAGACCGCCGCUCCUCCUCCAACGAGUCCUUCUCCUCCAGCCAGAGCACCGAGUCUACCCAGGAUGAAGAGACCCUGGCACUCAGAGACUUCAUGCGUGGCUACGUGGAGAAGAUCUUCUCUGGAGGGGAGGACUUGGAUCAGGAGGAGAAAGCCAAGUUUGGAGAGUACUGCAGCAGUGAAAAUGGAAAAGGCCGAGAGUGGUUUGCUCGAUACGUGAGUGCCCAGCGCUGCAACUCCAAGUGUGUCUCAGAGGCAACCUUCUACCGCCUGGUGCAGUCUUUUGCAGUGGUGCUGUUUGAGUGUCAUCAGAUGGAUGACUUUGGGCCUGCCAAGAACCUCAUGACCAUGUGCUUCACCUACUACCACAUCGGAAAACCGCAGCUGCUGCCCCCGGAGUCCCGGGAGAAGCCCGCGGGCAGCAUUGACUCCUACCUGAAAUCCGCAAAUAGCUGGCUGGCCGAGAAGAAGGACAUCGCCGAGCGGCUGCUAAAGAACACCUCGGCCAGGACUGAGAAUGUCAAGGGCUUCUUCGGAGGGCUGGAGACCAAGCUGAAGGGGCCCCUGGCCAGGAGGAACGAGGAAGAUGAGAGCAAACCCCAGGAGAAGCGGCCCAGGGCUGUGACCGUGUACAGCCCCGAGGACAAAAAGAAGGGGGAGAAGAUCUACCUGUACACGCACCUGAAGCAGCAGCCCAUCUGGCACACGCUGAGGUUCUGGAAUGCAGCCUUUUUUGACGCUGUCCAUUGUGAGAGGACAAAACGAUCUCCCACUACCAGAAGGGAUGCUGGAGAGGAGGAGGAGAAGAGGGAGAAGUGGUGCCACAUGACCCAGGAGGAGCGUGACGACAGCCUCCGGUUCAACGAGAACAUCACCUUCGGGCAGCUGGGCACAUUCACGCACAACAUGCUGGCCUUCGGACUAAACAAGAAGCUGUGCAAUGACUUCCUGAAGAAGCAGGCUGUGAUUGGAAACCUGGAUGAAGAGCAAUACAAGCUGCUUAGUGACCACAUUGAGCAAAUGGCCACUGAGUAGGCCCCAGAAGUCGCACUCCGCAGGAGGACUGAGGCCACGCGCCAUUCUCCCGGGCCCAGCGCCCGGCCGUCACCCCACCCGAUGACCUGCAUGAAGCCAGCAGCACCCAGAGCCACUCCUGCUGCCCUAGGACUAGCGGUUAGAAGAAUCCGCUGCUCCUCCCUCAUCUCCUCUGCCUGUGUCUGCGACCCCCAUCCAUGUGCCAAAGUGUCCCUUGGGUCACACGGCUAAAGCCGAGGUGACCAGUUGUACCCCGAGUGCCAGGCUUGUGAGAUGAGACCAAGAGGGAGGAGGGGAAGGAUGCCAUGGGCCAUCAUGGGCCAAGGGCUGGCGAGGGUGGGGGCGGGCGAGGGAUGCAGGCAGGACAGCCAUGAGGUGGGGCUGCAGCCGGCACACCCAGUGGUGGAGGGCCGGCGCUGCCACUCACGGUGGGUGGCCGUGGGCCACAUUCCCUGCAAUGGGUGCACACGUGGCUCCCAUCCAGUCCUCUCAGCGUGGGGCUGUGGCCGGUCCUCGCUCUUCACCAGUCUCCCUCUGUGGGGCAGGAAUGGGAAGUCACAGGAACCUUGAGGAGGAAACGCCUGUUUUAGAGAGAGAGUGGGUGCGGUGUAGAGGAUGCUCUUGGCUGGCUAGAGCAAGACCUGGCUCCCACCAGAGGGACGUGUGUGUGCCCUGCAGACGGCCCAGGAUCUGUGUAUCUCUGCCAGAGUCACAGCAGUGCCAGGAUGUCCGCGGCAGACCACACAGACCAUCUGAAAUGUGUCCGCCUGGUGGACAGCUCCCUUCUGAAGCAGAGAAGGCUCCAUGGUCACGAAGCGGCGUUGUGCCAUGUGUCCCUCGAAAGAAGCACAGGGAAGAGAAGUUUCUUUAGUAGCCACUAGGCAACCACCCUUUCUAAAAGCAAACAGUGCUGCUCUUUAUUCCAGACAAGGCAGGAAAGUCUGAGCUGGGAGUGGCAGCGGCUGGAGAGAGGCAGUUCUGUGUGACGUGCAGGGUGAGCCAGUGGCAUGGCCUCUGCCUCUAAGCGCUGAGCAUUGGGCUCCGGAGGCGCUUUUUCCUUCCCCACCAGACCUUUGUAGCUCCUUCCUCCAGCCUCUGCAGAGACUCCCUUCACCUCACACCUACUGCCUGGGAACCACGGCCCUUCUCUUCUGUGGGUCUGUACCAGGUACUCCAGGCCAGCCCGUGGGCCCAGGGCCUGACCCCAACACCUGCAUGCUGGGUCCAGAGCCUUCUGUUUCGCCGUGUGUGGACGCUGCUAGGCCUCCUGGGGUCCCCUGCCUCCUGCCCGUCGCUGCCGUGGUCCCUGACUGCGAAACAGGCCCGUGGGGCUCUCCCUCCUCCCGCCAUCCUCCCCUCCUGCCCUUCCUGGGUACCUCCUCUGACAUGCAGUCAGAUAAGUCCCAUCUUGUUUGUGAGCACCACAGAAACGUCUGAGAGUCACUUACCCGGCCACGGCUUGGAAGGUUUCCCUCCGGGGAAUGCCUCCCCGGAAUGUUCUAGAGACGGAACAUUCUCCAGAGACAACAAUCUGUGCUGCAGAUUGGUUGGAUCACAGAAUGUGUGUCUGAGGCAUUAUCUGAUGCAUUUGGACCAUAUGCUGCCAGACUGCAGGACGGGGGAGCCGGGGCUCAGGGCCCCUGACUGCAUGGUGCAUGAGUGAUCUCAGCCCAGCGAUGCCGCUGGCCAGACCGUGGCCAUGCUGCCAGUGUCCUCGCCAUGAGCUGGGUCAGGGCUGGCGAGUUGUGCAGUCUGGGGUGCCCCUUCCCCCAUCAUUGGGUCCCAACGGCCAUGUCUCCACCGAAUCCAUUCGGAGAAAUGUCAGAGAGCGAGGGGUGUGCGGACGCCCCUCGCCCUGAUGCCAACUGCAGAUAAUACACACCUCCUGCAGCAUCCAGCCACGGCUCCAGGGCACUGCUCUCCCCCUCCCGGUGAAACUCAGGCCACACUCUAGGGCUGACUGUCCGGGCACUCCCUUCAGCCGCCUUGUCGUCAGCAUUCUUAGUCAUGCAUUAUUCAUGUUAGCGGAAAUGCAUUCAGACUUUGUUCUGCAGUGCCCACAGGACUUACCCCUGUAUGUAUAGGAUUUUUGUAUGGAAGUUUUGUUUGAUUCUGAGGCUCUCUUGGGGGCGCUGGAGAGCUUGUGCACAGCCUCUGGAAGGAAAGGCAGCGCUGACUUCGCUGGGCUUUUUUCCAAGCACUUUAACUUCAAAAAUGGUCUUGACACUUUUUUCUCCACAUAGACUCUUGAAAUAGCCAUUUCAGGGAGAGGAAAGGGUUGGGGGUUUCUUUGUUUGUUUGUUUCCCCCUUUACUACCUGUUCUUGUAGAUCUAGCUCCUCAGAGUUGGAGGAAUGCUGACAGAGAAGGGUCCCCUCUGUGCUCCAUCCACACAGGGUGCCCGAGAGACAGCCCCUUGUGCUGUGAGCAGAGCAGGCAGCGGCUCGGGAGGUGCCUGUGGUCUCCUGCCGGCUGUGGCUGAUAGUGGCUCUGGCCAGGGUUGCCUGGAGGAGGUCCAGUGUGCCUGGGACAGGGCUGACCACCUGCCACCAAGGUUUCCUCUCUUCCCCCAGGACCUGGGCAGAGCAGGCAUGAGCUGGGCUGUGGUGCAGAGCAAGCGGACCCAGCCACACUGUUCAAAGGUCCCUGCGUGGGGAGGUGUCACAGCAGGGGCACACCCAAGGCCACCUGGGUGUAGGAGAGCUCUGGUGGCCCCUCUGUAAACUCAGGAAGUGUCAGGUGAUUCCUGGGGAGAGGUUCCCAGUCCCAGCAGGCAGAAUGCCCAAAACCAGGAGCACGAAGGCCUGUCAUCCAUGGGGCCGUUGCAGGCACUCUGCCGCCCGACCUGGAGGGCUGUGCCAAUCCUAGUGAACCAAAAUGCAAACAACUCGCGCAAGUGAAAAGCUCCCUGCUUUGAAAACAGGACAUGUUGAUAGGCAGCAUUGUAUGUUUUUAUCCUUUGUUACAAUUUUAGCAACAUUGAUACAAUUUUAGCAACAUUGAUAGAUGUUUAAGAGGGGCCGUGUUAAUAGAUUGCAUCUGCCAUGUGCAUGCGCGUGUUUAACCAAAGGCCGGAGAACUCAGUUCGGAUGUAGUAAGUUAUCUGUAAGUGAAAUGGGGUAGACUCUAUGAUUUUCCUAUUGCCAAAAGAAAGAAAGUGGGCCAAACAGCUCUGAAAUUUCCAAAAAAUGGCUAGAGGGAGAGUCUAGUUUCUGAGCUCUGUACCCAAAUUAAAAUCCUGAUGUUCAGGUUAAUCCAAGCAACACAUAUUUGGUUUAAAACCAGCACCGAGGCCCAGUGCAAGAAUCACAGACACCGCCAGCCCUCUUCUUCUUUCCCACCUGUGAGUUGAAACCAAACAGGCCUCGCUCACUCCUCCAAGCCCAGUAAUGCUGAGGAGUUCAGUUAUGAGGAAAGAAGGCUGGAGCUGUGAGAUGCGCUUUUCCCUAGGCUGUUCUGCGUGGGUUACCUCAUCACCCUGGAGCACCUGGUGUUCCAGACCCCUGACACGAGGAAUGCAGGUUCACACUGUAAAGAGUUUGUGAAAGGUUUCAGUCUGACUGGGCUUCCUUAGCUGGAAGCUACAGGCCUGAUCUUCCUGGGUCCCACUAUCUGUUGGCUUUUUUUGUUUUGUUUUGUUUUGUUUUAUUUUGUUUUGUUUUGUUUUGAGACGGAGUUUCGCUCUUGUUGCCCAGGCUGGAGUGCAAUGUCUCGAUUUCGGCUCACUGCAACCUCCACAUCCCAGGUUCAAGCGAUUCUCCUGCCUCAGCCUCCCCUCCUGAGUAGCUGGGAUUACAGGCAUGCACCACCACACCCAGCUAAUUUUGUAUUUUUAAUAGAGACAGGGUUUCUCCAUGUUGCUCAGUCUGGUCUCAAACUCCCGACCUCAGGUUAUCCACCUGCCUCGGCCUCCCAAAGUAUUGGGAUUAUAGGCGUGAGCCAUCACGCCUGGCCUUUUUUUUUUUUUUUUUUUUUUUGAGACAGAGUCUUGCUCUGUUGCCCAGGCUAGAGUGCAGUGACACAAUCUCUGCUCACUGCAACCUCUACCUCCCGGGUUCAAGCAAUUCUUCUGCCUCAGCCUCCUGAGUAGCUGGGAUUACAGGUGCACACCACCACGCCGGGCUAAUUUUUACAUUUUUAGUAGAGAUGGGGUUUCACCAUGCUGGCCAGGCUGGUCUUGAACUCCUGACCUCAGGUGAUCCUCCCACCUCAGCCUCCCAAAGUGCUGUGAUUACAGGCGUGAAGCAUCACACCCGGCCUCUGUUGGCUUUUUAGUUAGGAAGGAUCCAGCUAGGCCCAUGUGGUUAGAUCAGCUUUGUUACUGAAUUACCUAAAACCAGACCACAGCGCAGCCAGAGAGCCCAGUAGUAUUUCCAAGAACAGUGUGGAGCUUGAGAAAGAGAACUUUAAAAAUUAGAGGGUCCCUUUCUGCAGAGGAAGGGAUGCUCACAGGGUGGCAGUGGCCCAGCCUCAGGGAGAGGGGAGGGAGAACCCCCUCUGGACCCAGCAAGCGGGUGUUCUGAGGCUGGUCCCUCCUCAGUUUCUGCAGCCACGAGGCGAAGCGGCCAGAUUCUCACUCAAGGUCAUUCUUACUCCUUUUCCUGUCCUGUUUCCAGUCCCAGUGAGCCAUUCACUUCUGCUGAACCAUUUUUCUUAGGAUGCAGCCGUCUCACUCCCUUAUCCUGUAAAUCGUGUAUUCAUGUUGAUGAUUCUUGGAGAUAGGCUUCACUUUUUCCCAGCUGCGUCCACAGGAAAGGGGAGUCGGAUGCCAGCUGCACCCUGCCUGGUUCGCACAGGCUAAGGCCGCAGACAGAGCAGGGGUUCCUAGAGUCACACAGGCCACGCACCCCAGGAAUCUUUGCUGCCGCGGGCCAGGAACAGGAACGUGUUGGUGCCUGAGACACCAAACGGAAGAAGCACGUCCAGACUGUUCUCCUGCGGCCAACACUGGCCCGGAAGCCUCCCUCCAUACAGGCCCUCAGGGGGCCUGCCUUCUGCGCCUCAGUCCCCCAUGCAUCCCUGGGCCUGGGUAUCACAUGCUCUCCAGGAAAGGGACGGAAUCAAUCAUGUGACCGAUGGGCUCGCAAGGAUGGGUGCCGCCGUGGGAGCCCUGCCUCUGGUGCUGGCAAGGGAUUGGGUUUGCGUGGGUGUCUCUAGCUUGCAGAGUGCGGUGAGCGAGAUCCUCGGGAGCGUGGCCCUGCCUGUAGCUGCGCCUGGGGACGCACGUGGCCACGGGAUUUCAGUACGGGAUUUCAGUGGGACAGCGCUCCCACGGGGGCUGGGGGUGGGGGUAGGGUUUCUUAGUUACUAUUGGAAAGGGAAACAUUCACCAUAGCCAAGGGGAGAGACGAUGGGCUGGGUUUGUUCACCCCAACUUCCCUUCUAUACCCCUCCCGCAGGACAGUGCGAUUUGGGGAGAACCCAGCUCCCCACUUUAUCUGCAGACUCUGGGACCUGACAAAACAGUCACAGCCUGAGCGCGCUGCAGCCUGAAGCUCCCCUGAGGAGCGCUUUAAGGGACUUUGCACUUUAGAAAGGAUGCCUGUCAGUAAAUCCCGUGUGCAUUGACUAGAACUGGGGGGCUGCCCCCGCUCCCUCCUUAAUCCUAGAUGAUUUGCUCAUGAAAUAGAGGUGGGGGACGACCGCAUGCCCUCCGGGAGGUGCAGCCCUAAGGGGUGGACUCCAGAUCUCCCUGUAAGAGACGGCUUGGCUUGGCUUCGGCUGUUGGAGAGGAGCUCCUGCCGUCCCGGCAAGCCUGGGGCUGUUGCUUCGGGUCUUCUGGGUGGACACUUGGAGAAUGAUAAGGCAAACGUUUGAACACUAGGAAAAGCUAGAAAUUCAGACAACACACAUGUAUCUCCUUAAGACAGGUAAAUGUGUCAGAACACGGUUGACCUGCCGCCUUCUUGAACCUGGUGGCCCCCGUUGGAACUAUCAGUGGCGUCUCCCACGCGUGCGCCCUCUGCUUUCUCUUUCCUAGACUUGUGGUGGUCACAUCCAGACACUACCUUGUUGGUAGCCCCCAAGUGGCGUGCAGUGACACCAGUAUCUUCUCUGUUGCAUUUUUGCAAUCUUGUGUCCCACUCGGUGAUGUUCUACAAACUCUAUUUUAAGGUUGAGGAAAUGUCAAGGGUGAAGAUCUCAAAACAGUGCUAAAAUCAAAGGUGUUUGCUGUGAAGAAAAAAAUAUGUGUAUAUAUUGCACCUUGAGUUGUCAGAAGGUAGAAAGUGAAAUAAACUAUCUUCUUUUUUUUU